AGUGCCAUUUUUGCAAGUGGGAGCCCAUUUCCUCCUGUUGAGUAUGAGGGCAAAGUGUUUGUGCCUGGCCAGGCCAAUAAUGCAUACAUAUUUCCUGGAUUUGGUCUUGGUUUAAUAAUGUCUGGGACCAUUCGAGUGCAUGAUGACCUGCUUCUAGCUGCCUCUGAGGCUUUGGUUGCACAAGUGAGCCAAGAGAACUUUGAUAAGGGACUCAUAUACCCACCAUUCACCAACAUAAGAAAGAUUUCAGCACACAUAGCUGCCAAUGUUGCUGCUAAGGCUUAUGAGCUUGGCUUGGCCACUCGCCUUCCUCAACCUAAAGAUUUGGUGAAGUUUGCAGAGAGCUGUAUGUAUACCCCAGCCUACCGAAGCUACCGGUGAAGCGAUAAUAAAUAGCCUAUUUUUCUU